AAGCCACGGAUUUUUUUUUGUGUUGAACCGUUACUGGAUCUGACAGCCAGUCCAUCCUCUCACAAAGUCAUUGGAGAAAGCAAACCACAGAAAAAUCUUCUCAUAUAUUCGAGGGUUAGGGUUUCACCUUCAUUUGAGCUAGGGCUCACAUUUGAACGACGCUUUUUACCUGCGAUUUCCCUGAUGGAAUUAGCAAACGAAGAAUGGAGUUGUAAAUGAUUUGAGGAUUAUUUGUAGCAGAUAGGGAUUUUCUUGUCGUCAUGGAGGAGGGUUACACGAGUCUUCCUACCAGCCAUUUGCUUGGCUCUGUUCCAGCUGCAAUAAAGGAAGAUGAUAGAAAUACGAUCUAUAAAGCCCCAGAAGCGAAUUUACAGGUUUUUCCACCAGGCAAUGGCGGGGACAGGGGAUAUGGUUAUCAAGCUCCAAGGGAGACAAAUGGAGAAGAGCAGCCUGCAAACGGUUGGAAAGGAGUCUUCAGUAUCUCUUCAUACAGACCUUUCUUCAACGUGGAUACUGAUGAUGUUGUCAAUAGAAUUGCUAAUUCAGUUUAUCCCCACCAUGGAGGUUUCUUCCGAAAAAUUGGUGCUAAUCCAGAUCUGUAUGGGCCUGUAUGGAUCUCCACCACUUUGGUCUUCAUGUUGGCUGCUCUGGGUAACUGUGCCACUUAUUUGAUGCUCAAAAGGACUUCCAGUGAGACACUAUGGAGCUUUGAUGUGAGCUACAUAAACUGGGCUGCAUGUGCUAUCUAUGGCUAUGUUAUUGUGGUGCCUGUUGCCUUCUAUUUCCUUCUUCAGUACUUGGGAACAAGCUCAAACCUCACAUGCCUUUGGUGCAUGUGGGGAUACUCUCUUUCUGUCUUCUUGUUGAGCUCUCUUCUAAUGAUUGUCCCAACUGAGAUUUUCCGGUGGCUUGUGAUAAUCAUCACUGGUUCAGUAUCGGCUUGCUUUGUUGCUCUGAAUAUGAAGUUUUACACAGAGGGUAGGAACCUGGCUGUAGUGGUCAUAAGCUCCUUCCUUUUGCAAAUUGCCCUUGCUCUCUUCAUCAAGAUCUGUUUUUUUGCAUGAGGAAAGGCAUGAUGCAGCUGCUUGUGUGUGUGUGUGGAUGAGAGAGAGUUUUUGUUGUUUUAAUGUGUUUUGGGUCUGGAAAAAGUGUAUUGGGUGGUUUAUUCCUCGACAUGGGUGGAAAUUUGGUGACCCUGUAAUUGAUGUAUAAAUUGCUGAAAAGUUAUAAAACAAUGGCAUUGUUCAUGUCCAAAUUCAUAGUCGGUUAUUUUCUGA